UCAUGAAAACUUGAGUGAAACCACUCUGCUGUCACAACUUCAUAAUGACCUUACUAACAAGCUGGAUAUCAGCACCAACAGCAUUUCUUCUCUUACAUUUUUGGAGAGCAAAGGUACAUGCUUCUGGAAACCCAUGGGAGGAGGAAAUAGAUUACACAUAUGUUAUUAUAGGAGUUACUCUGGGAGCAGUUCUAGCACUUGGUUUUCUGGCAGUAAUAAUAUGCAUGAUCAAAGACAAAGAGAUUGACAGUGUCUUCGGAGAGUCAGAUGGCAAAAUGGAUAGAAGGUCAAACACGGGAUCAAGCCAAAACAGAGAUGACAGCAAUACAAUAAGAAACCAAAGUACAAGAGAUCAAUAACCGUUUUGCAAUCAACAGUUACCUGGUCUGAGGAUCAAUAGAAGUCUCUUGUGCACAGGCAGGAAUCCUACCAAUACCAAUCCUUUUCUUUGUUCUUUAGUUGAAAGGCUGAUUGAUUGUUUACAGGAAGAGCUUAUAGUGCUCCUAACUUCAAUCACCUGCACCCAAAAGGCCUGCAAUCCCCCUCAGCAUGUCUAUGCAGGAGAUGUGUGAGGAAAAUGAAAUAGAUGAGCUCUGUUCACUAAUAGAUCCUCUUUAUUCAGUGAUAAGUAUAUGAUUGAUUUAUAAAGUCAGUGAAAUACCAGAUAAUCAGAAAAGUGGCAAUAUAAUUCAGCAGCAGAAUUCAUGGUCACACCCAUAUUUCAAGAUAAGUAACUUGAUAACUUGAAAAAUCAUUCAUUUGAGGUUAGAACAAUAUAAGGCUUCUCAUUUAUUUCAGGAAAUAAUACAUUUUUUGUGUUAGUAAGAAAACAUUUCAAUCAUUUAAAGUUUUAAUUUUUUAAUCUAGAACUGAGGUUUUUUGUAGGUGUUAGUGAUUUCAACCAUUUAAAAUUAAUUACGACCAUUUAAAAUGAAAAAUUCCUUUUUGAAAUAAUGUUUUUCAUGUUUUGUUGACACUUCAUGUCAACACUGUACAAACAAGCUAAUCUGUUAUUUCCAUAAUUUCCCUAUCUCUAUUUUUUUAGUAUAAAACAAUGCACUAAGUUCAAUCAGAACUUGUGAAUAAUUUCAGUUUCCCAGCACCUUCAUUCUUGUUCUCGCCUUACAUGUUCUGGUGGGCUUGAUUACAUCAAAAUUUCUUUGCCUGGCUCCAAUUUCAAGCUUCUUACAGUGGGAAUGAUAAGAAGAAAAAUUAGAGCUUCAUUUCAGAACAAUGAGUGUAGUUUAAAUAAUUUAAAAUAAUUUAAGCCCAAGUUAUUCUGUAAACACUUCCCAACUUUUAACAACGCUUUGAGUCAGUGGCUCUGGUCUCAGUUCAGAAAAUAAUGCUCUAGAUUCUAUUCUGUUUAAUCCUCUUCUUUCAAGAAUCCUGUAUAUAAUCACAAGGUGCAAGAAAACAGGGAGAUUUUUGUAUUUGUCAGCUGUGGGAGCUUUGGGAACUCUUGGCCAGCAUCCUCUGCUAUUCCUACAGCUUCUCUCAGGAAAUCCAGCAGAAUUUCAAGGCUUGGGGGCCCCAACUUAAUUAAGUAAUAUCCCAAUAUUUCACAGGCAGAGCUUUAUGUUGUAGCAUUACAGGAUGACUCCAAACAGGAUGUUACAUUAUUUUAUUGCAACUUACCAUUAUCCAGAACCAAAGACCACAACCUGUAAACAAAUAGGAUCUUCAUAACCUUUUAGCUCAAGCCAAUGUCUAUAGACAUAUGGGUUUUUAAAAUCUCUCACCUUACAUACAUUCUUAAGGUUCACUUUUGUACCUGUUUCUGCUCUCUGUGUGGCAGUUCAUAAUAAAAAUAAUAAAUAAAUUCUUUCCAGCUCUCCACUAAUAUAAGAGAUUUAAUCCAACUUAAAAAAACAACCAACCAAACAAAAAAGCAAUUGUAAGACUGAAGUCCAGCCUAGAAAUUCUGUGUGUUAAUAAGAAAUAUCACUCAGAAAAAUCACAGGGACCAGGGCCUCCUAUCCAGUAACCAACUUUCAGAUCAGGCAGAGCUGAUGUGCUGGGUCAGGGAUUUAGAGGAAACAUGCUGUUAGAGCAUAAAGGCAGCUAUAACAGAAUUUUGUUUUUAUCAAGAAUAAGUUACUGUACUACUUGUAACUAACUGAAGGGAUUUCAAUAUGGGCAUUUUUUGGCUUUCACAGGUCAUUUGUCAAAUGUACAAAGAAAACUGGAUAGUAAUUUUUCCACACAUUUUGAACAACAAAAUGUAAAAUUUAUUUUGAGAGAAGAGUGAUAUAUUGGAAUACUUUCCCUGGUUUCCUAGGUGUCUGUUACCCAUUGCAGUAACACUGCAGUUCAUUAGCAGCAUUUGCUAAUAGAUAAACUAAAGCAGUAAUGUGAUACUUGUAAGUAAUUUUGUGUACAUGUGUAAGUGAAUA